AUGCCAGAGAACGUUGGUUUCGUUGUAGCACUGAUGCUGUCAGCUGUCCUUGCAGCUGCAGGGCUUCCCUCAGAGAACAUUGUGUACCCGAGAAUACUUCAAUCGAGAGAUCAGAAUGGCGAAAAGACGCUCUACAUUCGUCACGGACUCGUGCUGAGCCUCGAAAAGAGCAAAGUUUUCUCGGACAACUUUGUCUUCUCAAUAGACGACGGUGUAAAUCGACACGACAAAUUCAUGGAUGGCAAGGACCUAGAAAGAAAUUUGUAUCAAGACCGAAACCACACCUCUGUUGUGUUUGUUGAUGAAGAAAAAGGAACUGUUCAAGUGAGGGGAAUCCUCGACAACAAAUUCUCAAUCGAGCCAAUCGCGUCGAAUGGCCGGUCAGAAGAUGAUCUCGUUGCUCACUCAUUAUUAGAUCUUGAGGACAUCGAUAAUCCACACGGCGCCGACUCUGCUCAAGAUCUAAGCCUCCUAACAAAGGAUGUUGGCCCGUCCACCCCUGAAGUGACUGAAAGAAAGCUCAACAACGUACCGGAAAAAUUUAUCGUAGAAGUCAGAAUAUUUUCAGACCCUUCUCACGGCCCAAACAAAACAAUGGAUGAUUUCAUCCAGUAUUUUGGCAUCAUAAUGAGUAAGGUGAACCAGUAUUACAGCCAACUGACCAGGCCCAAAGUACAGUUCAUCGUCCUGAGCAUUACAAAACUCACGAACUACACGUUCACUCGUCUCAUACCCGAUCCUGCACGCAAUAGAUCGAUGAUCCACCUAUGCGGAACCUUGGGCAGCUUCUUCAAUUACGUGAACGCAACGUACACGAGGGACGCACGAGAUGCUAUUGUCUAUGUCACGUCGCUCUCGAAUGGAGCUAUUGGUGGAUGCUCAAAUUAUUGCCACGUGUGCAAGGACAACUCCAUCACCACUCAAACGAUGAACUUCGGCCGAAUUGGAACAUGGGAGCCCCUAGUAAUAGCUCAUGAACUGGCACACUCGCUCGGAAUGACUCACGAAGGAGAGCGUCCUGUGUAUUACACACCGGGGAAGAAAGGGCUCCGUUGCAGGAAGCAGGAGUUCGGAUCUGUUAUGGGUUCCGGCAAACCACCGCACUAUUUCUCGCGUUGUCUUCAAGACCAGGCGAGAGGAUGUCUGAUGACGAAGACGAAGCGGUGCUUUGAUCUGACGGGGGGCAAGCCACUUUUCUGAGCGAAAACAAAGCCUACCAGAAGUAAAUAAAACAGGGAUUUUGAUUGCG